UCCAGAAUAGCACCGAAGCCCCGCCCCUCACUUAAAAUACGCCACACAAAACUCCCGUAAGCGCGACUAAAACGUCAAAUUCGUAAUUAUAUAUUACAUAAAGCUUAUCAAUUAAAAAAAUAUAUUUUAAUUGAUAAGCAUUUUAUACAGAAUUGAGAGGUUAUUCAUGAUCUGGUGUAUUCACUGGCAUGAACUAAGAUAACAUAUAUGGUAGUUGUGUAAAAGCUUACAUUAAAAAUAAAUGUUGGUUUGAGAAUCAAUAUGUUGGUUGAGCGCCACAAAUCAGCAAAUUGAAGCUAAAAAAUAAGCGAGGACAACUAAAGCUAAUGCUAAAGCUAACUGUAACAACUAAAGCUAAUGCUAACGUUAAAGCUAACUAACUGAAAUGGCGUUCAAUAUUUCACCAAAUUUAGACAGUCUUCUCUGCCAGUUGGUUGUUGAAUUUCGUGAGCUUUCUGCGAAGAAGAAACAAAUCGACCAACAAAUUGAAGUUUAUAGAGCUGACGUUGCAGAAAGGAGGACUUAUAUUGAAAAAACGCGCAGAAAUAUAGAUCAAGUGGAUGAGGAAAUUGGAUUGAAACGGAACACUCUGAAACACAACAGGGAAGUUGCAAAAAGCAUGAAGGCGACUCAGGGCUUGCUGCUUCAGUAUGAGCGGACUCUGAGAGCAGAACUGGAGAGCAUUAAAGUCAAUUACAGCAAUGACAAGGACGUGUACACAGACAAAAUUGUAAGCUACAGGCAGCUGUUUCAGGCUCAUAAAAAGCCAUUUGCCCAAAAGCUGCAGGCUUACUAUGAUGACAUGGACAAUCACAUUAACAUGGAAGGAGGCCAUCACCUAGAGACUGUUGCCCAGUCAUCUUCUUCAGAGCAAUCAGCUGACAGUGACCCUCAGCAGCUGCACACCAACGACCCAGCCAUAGAAACGCAGCCUUCAUUUGUGGAAGAUUCUAUUACUGCCAUCACUUCUGUCAUUCUUGACGAGAAAAAGAGAUGGCAGAGUGGUCCAGAAGCUGCAGCAGAUGGGACUACUGAAGACAUGAGUGCAGAAAGUGAGGUUCAGAAAUGCAGUGCUGAUAAAACAAGAGGCAAUAAGCAAAGUGUGAAGUUAAAUCCACAAACAGAGAAGCAACAUGAGAUGCACAGUGAGGAAGAAGAGGACCAAGAAAUUGUGGCAGCAACAGUAUCAGAGAUAGAGGAGGCAGCAGAGGAAGACAUGGAAGAAAGAGCAGCAGAGCAAGAGCAAACACUGUGCCACGUGAAUAAUGAAGAGCAAGUGGCUCUUCCUCCAUUACCGUGUGAGGUUGCUCACCCUCAGUAUUCCUCUACUCCAAACGACAGUGUGCCUGUAACUCCGUCAUUCCACUUUAACUUUAGCCCAGCUUGUUCCCCAAUUCAGGAAACGUCCGACAACAAAUCUCCAGCUUUCAACUUCUCUCUGACCUCCAAUCCCUGCACCCCAGGCUUCUCCGGUUUUGGGUUUGAUGUGGUCUCCUCUAACGAUGAGGAUGGAGCUUUUCCAUUUGGAAGCUCUUUUUUCAGCGAGAAGAAAAACAUGGAGGAGCCAAAGUCAGGUGGCCUGGACUUCCUGUUCAACCAAGCAGAGCAAAGUGAGGACUUCCAGUUCGCCUUCUCCUCCAAGAGCCCCUCGGCUAACAAGGAGAAGACCACAGAUGAGUUUCCCUUUUCAUUCAACUUUUAAAGAGUGUUGUAAGUUUGCUUACAAAGUUUAGAGCAGUGUUCAGAAAUGAUUUAAAAAAAAAAAAAGAGUUUAUUGUAAAAUAUCACUUUUGUGGUUCUGUGAAGUGGUAGCGGUUUGCUUUUCACCAUUUAUAAACACAUUUCUUUCCAUGAUGAGAAUAUUUCAACACUGUUGCGUCACCUUUUUAAUGAAGCCAUCUGUUUGCACGUUUUAAAUAUGUAAUUAAAUGCAUGGUUAUAUCCUCUAAUCUGUUUGAUUAACUACUUACGAAGAUCAGCGUUCAGUCUCACAGCGUGUAAAUAUUUAAGUACACAACAUCUUAAAUUAACAACAUUUUAGUGUAAAAUGAAUGGACCCUUUUAGGAUGAGGAUGUUACAACAUGGAUAAACAGCAUUAUUACACUUUUGCCUCUUAUUCAUUAUUGAUUCAGUAAUUUAAAACACAUUUUAACACUACUGCAUUCAUGUUUUUUUUUACAAUGAAAUUCAAUGCACUUUAACAUCAAGAAUACAGUGAAACCUCUAAAUUCAAAUGCUGUGAACGUUUUCUGUAAAAAGUCACCAUUAUCUACUGGUCGAACCACCUUUAUAAGACUUUUUCAUGGUUUUGUGAUGCUGCCGCGGAAAGAUACAAGUGAUGGAAAAGAGGAAAAAGUGUGAUGACAACCAUAGAACUCACUGCUAUGUAGCGGCCGCGUAAUUUUGAAAGUGGUGCAUGUGUCUUUCUUCUAUGUACAAUAUGUAUAUUUUUUUACAAGUUAUUUCAAAAGCAGUUGACUUAUUUUAUACAUUUAAGACAGUGAAGAAUGUUAAAAUGUUACUUGAAGAUUUGUUCGUAUAGUAAAAGGCUUUCUGAUUUGACUCUGCAAACAGACUAAUUCAGUUAUAUAUAUUCUAAAUGGUAAAUGGGUUAUACAUUGCGCUUGUUUAAGGUACUUAACGCUAUUUCCCAAAAAUGUGUUUGAAAUAAAACUGGUGCUAAAAAGGUACCUUGUUAACCUGCAGUUUCUGAGAUGUAGGGUAGGCUUAUCUGUCUUGUUUUUUUUGUCACGUCACAUAUCAAAAGUUAAAGUUAAAGAAGUUAAAGUACUCAUGAUUGUCAAACACACACACUAGGUGUGGCGAAAUUAUUCUCUGCAUUUGACCCAUCACCCUUGAUCACACCCUGGGAGGUGAGUGGAGCAGUGAGCAGCAGCAGCGGCCGCGCCCGGGAAUCAUUUUUGGUGAUUAAACCCCCAAUUCCAACCCUUGAUGCUGAGUGUCAAGCAGGGAGGUAAUGGGUCUUAUUUUUAUAGUCUUUGGUAUGACUCGGCCGGGGUUUGAACUCACGACCUACUGAUCUCAGGGCGGACACUCUAACCAUUAGGCCACUGAGCAGGUCAAUCAAGCAAAACCCUUAGGAUCGCAGCCUAUCUGACAGAGCCUUGUGAUUAGCACAGCAGCGAUAGGGGUGUGUCAUUGUCAUAGAAGGGACAGGUGAAUAAACGGGUGCUCUACUGCUGAAUGUGUGCACUGCGGACUGAAAAUUGUUUUCUUCCCCCAUGUAUCUGUUCACUACAGUGUGUUCUAUCAAUAUUAAUGUGUCUUUUAAAUUUGUGGAAAAGUUGUGGGGGAAAUAUAAAAAACUGCUUUUUAAAGUCCAAUCAACCAAAAAAGUCACAACCCCUCCUGCAGUACCUCGGUGUACCCCCUAGGGGUCCAAGACCCCCUGUUGAAGAUCUCUGCUUUAAGGGUUCUGCUGUAAUCAAACCUGUGUUGUACUGAAGGCCUCAUUAAAUAAACAAUAGCAGUAGUCCAUUACAAAAAACAGUGAGCACAGACUGAAUCCGACUAGCCAAUGUAGCUGAUAAAAAAAAAAAAAAGCAGGCAUGUAAAAACUUAAAGUUUUAAAAGUGCUUAGUGCAAUGUGGGAGCACCUAGAAGCCAGAGUCAAUGCUGAUAGAGCGACGUGUCACAUGCUCGAUCUCUCCUGGCACAUAUUCGCAGAAGCUGGUUUGGUAUUUUGCCAACAUCUUCAGCAUGGGCCGCAGGUUGAACCACCACUGGACUUUGGGCAUCCGGUGCCUGCAAGACAACAUCCCAUCAUUUCAUGACUCAAGAUUAACAACUGUGUGCUGCGACCAUUCCUCCUGGCGUGUGCUUACUCAAAGUCGGUGGCGUCCUUGAGUGUAGUGACGGGGCUAAAUGCUACAACCUUCCUGUUGAGGCCGAGGACGCACGCGGAGUCUGGCGAGUUGGCAAAGACGCGACCUGAGGAUUUGACACAGUGGAGUCAUGAAUGUCACUUUGUUGAAGGAAGAUCCAGCAUUUGUUUAUUUUCAAAUUAAAGUGAUAUUACAUUCAAAAUGGAGGAAGAUUUUGAAUAUU